GAAUCAGUUUAAAAGAACGACACGACUCGUACAUCUCUGAUUAGACGAGGAGAGGCGCUUCAACUUCAAAUAGGUGUCAAAACAGUGCCAGUCACCAUCUCACACCUGCAAGAGGAUUUGAAGUGACAGAUUUAUACAUUGCAAUUUCGUUGAGACUUUUACUUUCAGUCUGCGCUGAGGAUAUAUAGGACGAGGUAACCGCGGAUUUCACUUUUGCGCUCAGAUUGUUCUUCCUGUCGCUCUCAGUAUGGCUUCAACAACCUGCACCAGGUUUACCGACGAAUAUCAGCUGUAUGAAGAACUGGGAAAAGGAGCCUUUUCUGUGGUGAGAAGAUGUAUGAAAAUCUCUACUGGUCAGGAAUAUGCUGCCAAAAUCAUCAACACCAAAAAGCUGUCUGCCAGAGAUCACCAAAAACUGGAAAGAGAGGCCCGAAUUUGUCGUCUACUCAAGCAUGCCAACAUUGUGAGGCUCCAUGACAGCAUAUCAGAGGAGGGUGUUCACUACCUCGUCUUUGAUUUAGUCACAGGAGGGGAGCUGUUUGAAGAUAUCGUUGCCAGAGAGUACUACAGUGAAGCCGACGCCAGUCAUUGCAUACAGCAGAUUCUAGAGAGUGUUAAUCAUUGUCACAUAAAUGGAAUUGUACAUCGCGACUUGAAGCCAGAGAAUCUUCUAUUGGCCAGCAAACUGAAGGGUGCAGCAGUGAAACUGGCUGAUUUUGGGCUGGCUAUUGAGGUGCAGGGAGACCAACAAGCGUGGUUUGGGUUUGCUGGAACUCCGGGUUAUCUGUCUCCUGAGGUGCUCAGGAAGGAGCCUUAUGGCAAACCAGUGGACAUGUGGGCGUGUGGUGUUAUUUUGUACAUCCUUCUUGUGGGUUACCCUCCUUUCUGGGAUGAAGACCAGCAUCGACUUUACCAGCAGAUCAAAGCUGGUGCAUACGAUUUUCCUUCUCCUGAGUGGGAUACAGUGACACCAGAGGCCAAAGAUCUGAUCAACAAGAUGCUGACUCUAAACCCUGCCAAACGCAUCACAGCAGCUGAGGCCCUCAAACACCCCUGGAUCUGUCAACGUUCCACAGUGGCAUCCAUGAUGCACAGACAGGAGACAGUGGAAUGCCUGAAGAAAUUCAAUGCCAGGAGGAAGCUUAAAGGUGCUAUCCUUACUACAAUGCUUGCUACACGGAACUUCUCAAGCAAGAACCCAUACAAGAAGCCUGAUGGUGUUAAGAAAAGGAAGCCUAACUCUACAGAAUUUGAAAUGGAGCCUCAAACUACUGUUAUCCACAAUCCUACUGAUGGAAACAAGGAAUCAUCAGAGAGUGCCAACACCACUAUUGAAGAUGAAGACAUUAAAGGAUCAGAAUACCACCCGCCUGCCGCUUCUCCUAAAAUGUACAAACGCGAACGAUCUCAUUCCCAGCAGUCUUGUUCUUCCACUUCCUCCUCUGUCUCAUCCUGCUGGUAUCUCCCAAACAUGUGGCCUGAAGAAAUCUGCUGUAACCGCAUUCUUAAAGCCCUCCUGGCACUCUACCUGCUUGUUUUCCUAUUUGCCUAUUUGGCCUUCCUCUACAUUAGCUCAACAGCCGAUUGUGGCAAGUGCAUUAAUCCCAAGGCUGCUCCCAAACGGUCUCCGCUAACCCAGAGCCACAUCACCUUUCAGUCACGGAAACAGGAGAUAAUUAAAGUCACAGAGCUGCUGAUCGAAGCCAUUAAUAAUGGAGAUUUUGAAGCUUACACGAAAAUUUCUGACCCUGGACUGACAUCUUUUGAACCUGAAGCGUUGGGAAACCUAGUGGAGGGGACAGAUUUCCACAGGUUCUACUUUGAAAACUCUCUCUCCAAAGGUCACAAACCCAUCCAUACCAUCUUGCUGAACCCUCAUGUACACCUAAUUGGUGAGGAUGCUGCAUGCAUCGCUUAUAUAAGGCUCACCCAAUACAUGGACGUCAACAAUAUGCCUCGCACUAUGCAGUCUGAAGAAACCCGUGUCUGGCAUCGUCGUGAUGGCAAAUGGCAGAACAUCCACUUCCAUCGGUCUGGCUCACCAACUGUGCCCACCAAGUGAGAUAAUAAGGACUCCAGAGCACAGCCCUUCCUGUCAACUGAGCUUCAACUCAACCAUGAUCUUCAUAGUUUGGUCUACUGUACCAGAGUCUUGUUUACAUGAACUGUUGGACUAGGAUGUGGUGUGUUUGUAUGCGAGUACAUUUAUAUGUAUUGAAUAUGCUGUUCACACACUAUACUCAUUAUGUGAAAGGCAUGUUCUUACUUAGUACUUGAAUCUUUUUUUAAGGGUUACAUUUUUGUAUAACAAAUUAUAUGGAGCCAUUUGUUAGUAAUCUGUGGUGUUUGGGUACAUGGGUACUGUAUAUCAGAAAAUAAUAAAUCAAGCUUUUUUUUUUUUCUUUGUAUUUGUCAUAAAAAAAUGACAGAUCCAAGAUUUACUUAUUUCUUAAAAUGACAGAUAUAUGAGCUUGUGAAUAGUUUUCAGUGAUGUACAUUAUGUGAAGUGCUAUUUCUGCUUUACACUUUGGAGUAUUACUAGUUUGUUAGCACACAUAGGGCAUAUUGUGCUAUUUUCUUGGAUAAUCCAAAAUUAUGAUAGGGGAUAAGGUUUAGAGAUUUAUUAUUCAUAUUAUUAUAAUUUUAUUGUAUUUUUUUUGCCCAUGAAUUGUCAUACAGUUAUAAUACAUCUGAAUAUAUGAAAAAAAAAAACAAUGUAACAACUCACACUUCACUACACCAGAUAUGCUUAUAUGCUCAUUCUGUAAAAAAAUAUAAUUGACUAGCAAUGCCAGAUAGGUUUUCAUUGCUUUUCAAUGAAUUGUGAUAGUAUGUACAUGAGAAACAGGUCUGGAAAAAAAGUUCUACCCAUAAUUCGCUACACACAAUUACUUGGUAAAAACAAUAAAUGGCUAAAAACAUGAUGCCACAAUGUACCAUCAAAACAGGCAUGUUGUUUGUCAGAUGCAACUUUGAUUCUUCUAACUCCAGUUAUGAUAAUAUAUUAAGUUACAGUACAACAUUAUAGAAAAAGGUUAUUACCAGAUAACUUGAUAUAGUAGAUUUCUAUAUAUGUAAAACAUCUAAUAAAAUGUGUGAUUUCUGCAAAA